UUUUGUGGUGAGGUGGCUAAACAUCCUCAAUUUUCAUGUAGUUUUGCUCAAACCGCAUUUCUGUGGCGUUUUUGAGCCACCAAAGUAAGUGUGCAGUGAAACUGAUGAGAGUGUAAAUGAACAAUAUUUUGUUUAAACAUUUAUAUCUCAUACGUGCUCCAUGAUGGCGUUCCAGCUUGUUAUGCAUGGAACACCAAGAAGGCCAAACAUGCCUGAAAUUUCUCGUCUUUUAUAUGCAAGGUGAGUUGUGAACAUACAUAUCCACAACUUAAAGCAUAUGUAAAUAAAUCACACCUCCAGCAAAUGACAAACCAUUUUCAUCCAAUCAGUCUUUUUCUUGGAUGAAAAAGAACCAAUUACAAUCAACAAGAGCCUUAAGGCUCCCACACUCGACCGUACUGUGGGUAUUCUGUUAGCCUCCCUGAUUUCACCAUAGAGGGUUGAGAUUUCAUAGUAAAGUGUACUGAUUUCCCACAUUUCUUGUGACAGAUUCUUUAAUUUCCCACAAUCCAAAUGGAUGCUAGCUAGUUUGAUGAGUUGGGCGCCGAGCCCCGUUUCUUCUCAAACCGUCAGUCAGCACAGACUGGGCGCUCGSCGUCCUUGCGGCUCGUUGCACAGACUCUCAACUACACUGAUGAGCAGAUUACAGUGUGACACAGAGUGAAUGGUCAUAAUAAUUGACCGUGGCUCAUCUUAGUAUGUUGGGGUCCUUUAGAAACAUCCCUGGCUAAUGACCAGGUAUUUGCUAAACUUCUGACUUGCCAAGGAGGUAAUUCUGUUUUUCUGAUUCAGGCAUGUCGGAGGAGGGAUCUAAAGAUUUCCAGACAGUGGCAUUUGAGGGACGGAGUUACUGAGCUGUUUUGUAGACUAUGUGAAGAAUGGUAAAUCCUCAGAAUUAGCGGCUUCAUUGACGUAAAAUACAGAGACAAAAAUCAGAUUGUUUUCUGUACUAACAAAUAGAAGCUAGGUUUUGCCUCCAUUCCUUCACUGUUUGUCUCUUUUCCCCCUCCUGCCAUCAGAAAGCGCUCCCGGCCCACUAGGUCAUCGUUAACAUCCUUCCUCAUCCAUAUUCGCUUUCACAGGUCGGUUGGAAGUGGGCGACCAUUUGCACAAGAAGAAAGCUGCCUGUGCUGCUUAAUGCGACCCGGGUCUGCCCUCAGCGCCGGAGCUUUUCACACGUCUUGCUCCUUACCUCUCCAGUUACUCGACUGUCCUCCUGCAACAAAGAGCCAACUKACUGCGCUGUCCUUCCCAGACCCCUUCAGCRCAGAUCCACCGGAGAUUUCUCUGAGCUAUCGUUCCAGCAUCUAUGGAAAUUAAGUGUCUUGUAAACGAGGCUGUUCCUAAUUAAGAAAGGGGCUAGUCAGAGUGUCCAAAGCGGCUCAUGUUAAUGUUGUAAUCCUAGCUGUCGUAGUGCUUAGAAAGGACGGUUUCAGGCUGUGUGUGAUCCUGGGUUUUGUCCCGAAGGCCCUUGAAGACAGACUCUGUGGUACUUUGGUGACCGGAGGACUUCAGCGGCGACCCACACCUGUUCAAUUCAAUGUCCAUUUUCACUAAACAACACAAACCAGCAGGAUGCUGGGAAGGCAGCACCAUCCUGUCAGCCAAGYAGGAAGUUAGAGGCUCACAGCAUCCAGACGUUAAAAUUGCAAUAUGUAACUUUUAUUAAAAAAAUAUGUUUUUAUUUUUUUUGUCCUUAUAUCGUGACAGUAUGUUAUCAGCCAGAUCAUUUAUGAAAAGAUUGAUCACCUCUUCCCUGAGCUGCUAUUGCCCUCUGAAGAAAUGCACAAAAAACAACCAAUCAGAGGCAAGAGGAGGGUAAGGUUYGGAGGUUCUUUAGAGAACAAAUGCACGCCACACUUUUCAGAUUUGUAAAAGUUGUAACAAGUGAUUUUCCUUUCUGAUCUGCAACAGAAAAACACUUUGAYGUUUGUGGUUGGGUCGUCACAAAAUGAGAGGAAGUUGAAGGGGUGUGAAUACUUUCUGAUUCUUGUUUGUGACGGCGAGUGAAUUUCGUUCGAAUGUCAUCAUUCCAAGAGUGAUAAAAGCCUCAGUGUUUCCUCAGAUUCUCUCAUUUUAUCACGGUUUGGAUCCUGACGGGAAGGAUUGCUUUCAUUCCCCCUGAGAAGAGACUCAUUGUACAAAAACAUUCCUGUUCUCCCUCAUUUAAAACAUUUCUAUCAUUCCCUUUUAUUUCUGCGUUCCCAGAAUGCUGACCUCCCCUCUGCUCUUCUCACACCUUGCUCUGUUUCCACUCCCACUCUUCCUCAGACUCCCCCCAUUCCCCCGAUUUCAGAUUAAGUCGAACACUGCUCAUGUUUGCACCUGUUUCCUUCAGCUCCAUUCAGUUUCCAGAGGAAACUCAAUUUUUUACGUUUUGCUCCUGAAGUUUGAAGUUGUGCCAAGCUGCUGGAUUGUUGUUUGGUUUUCUGGUGUGGAGAGAAGACUUUCUAUCGGCUCCAUCGGGACAUCCAGCUGCUCCGCAUUCCUCCCAUCACCUCCGCUGCCUCCAUCACAACCAUCACUGGUUCCCAGCUGGAUGGGACGCUGCUGCUACUGCUGCUGUGGAAAUCUAAAGGUUGGACCUGGGAGGUGCUAGAUGUUCAUCCUCUGAAAGCAGGAUGGUCAGACGUUGCUGUCCACUCGCGCUGCUCCAACUCUUAAGCGUUUUUGCACAGACCAGAGCUCUUACUCAGGAUCUUUUGUACCCAUAUGGACCGGCUCAUCGGGAUCUUGAAACUCCGAAGAUGGAUGACGGGAGUUCAGUUGAAAUUCCUUUGCUCAUCCCCUUCAUUUUCUUCAACGUUCCCUACCGUUCCAUCUAUGUCAACAACAACGGCGUGAUCUCCUUCAACGUUCAGGUUAGCCAGUUCACGCCUGAGGCUUUCCCUCUGAGUGACAGCAGGUCUUUCAUUGCUCCGCUAUGGGCAGAUGUGCACAACGGCAUCCGAGGAGAUGUCUACUACAGAGAGACCACCGAUCCCGAACUGCUGGAGAGGGCGACGCAGGAUGUCCGCAGGCACUUCAAAAACAUGCCCGGCUUCACAGCCACCUGGGUCUUUAUGGCAACAUGGCACCAGGUCACCUUCUACGGAGGGAGCCAGACCACGCCGGUGAACACUUUCCAGACUAUACUGAUCUCAGAUGGUGCAGCUUUCUUUAGCAUGUUCAACUACGGGGAAAUUACAUGGAGCACAGGAACGGCCAGCGGGGGAGAUCCUCUGACGGGACUCGGUGGAACGACGGCUCAGGCAGGUUUUAAUGGAGGCGAUAUUGGUCACUUCUUCAACCUGCCGGGAUCCCGGUCAAAUGACGUGGUGAACAUCGAACAGACGACCAACGUAAAUUUUCCUGGACGCUGGUUUUUCCGUGUUGACACUGAAUUGAUAGAUCCUGCCAACGGCUGCAGCUACAAUGGACGGUAUUACAGACGAGGGGAGAUCUUCUGGAUGUCUGACCAGUGCUCCCAGCGCUGCCGAUGCCUUGACAUAAAUAACGAGGUGCAGUGCCUGGAGGCCCCAUGUGGACAGUUUGAGAACUGCGAGCAGCAGGAUGGGGCCUUUUACUGCCAGCCCACCCGCACCAGCACCUGCGUGGUAUUUGGAGAUCCUCACUAUCACACCUUUGACGGCUUCCUCUACCACUUCCAAGGCACUUGCUCCUACCUGCUGGCCCGGCCGUGCUGGGAGAUGGUAGGACUGCCCUUCUUCAGCGUGGAGGCCAAAAACGAGAACCGUGGCGUUACCACAGUGUCCUGGUUACGAGACGUGACGGUAGAGGUCUACGGCCAUAGAGUGAUGAUACCUAAAGGCAGUUUGGGAAAUGUACAGGUGGACGGCUUGAUGAAGGCUUUGCCAGUCCAACUGGAGCUUGGUGCCGUAAAAGUCUACCAGUCUGGAGUUGCUGUUGCUUUAGAAACAGACUUUGGACUGCUGGUGACCUACGACGGCCAGCACUACGCCUCCAUCUCCUUACCAAGCUCCUACUUCAACAACACCUGUGGCCUUUGUGGAAACUACAACGACGACCCUGCAGACGAUCCCGUGCUUCCGGACGGCUCUCUUGCGGAAAGUGUGGUGGAGUUGGGAGGCAGCUGGCGAGCAGAAGACACCGACUGGAGGUGCACUGAUGGCUGUGCUCAGAACUGCAGCGUUUGCGACCCUGCUACAGAAGCCAUGUACUUUCGCUCGGACUACUGCGGGCUUAUAAACAAAACCGACGGGCCCUUUCGAGACUGCAGAGCUGUGGUGGACCCCACGGCGUUUGUAUAUAGCUGUGUGUAUGAUAUGUGCAGCAACAGGGACAACAUCACCACGCUGUGCUACGCCAUCCAGGCCUAUGCUUUAGCAUGUCAGGCCCUGGGAGUCACAAUACGACCCUGGAGAACGCGCACAUUCUGUGCUAUGCCCUGUCCGGAGUUCAGCCAUUAUGAAGUGUGUACCAGCGCGUGUCCGGCCUCCUGCUCGGACCUUACCGCGCCCCUGUACUGCGCUCACCCAUGCACCGAGGGCUGCCAGUGCGAACCCGGCUACGUCCUGAGCGGCAACCGCUGCGUGCAGCAGGACGACUGCGGCUGCGAACACAACGACCUCUAUUACCCCCUCAACCACACGUUCUGGGCCGGCCCCGGCGGGGAGGAAGGCGACUGCUCCCUCCGCUGCACAUGCGGGUUUGCCGGGGAAGUCUCCUGUUUCAAUGAGUCCUGCAAGGAGGGCGAAGUGUGUGUGGCCGAGCUGGGCUUGCUGGGCUGUUACCCUCGGAGGGAGGGAGUUUGCUCGGUCACCCAGAACUCGGUGACAUCCACCUUUGAUGGCACCUUCCUGCUGUUUCCGGAUGACAGCUCCUACUACUUGCUGAAGCUGUGUGGUCCGGUACCGGCUAACGGGUCAGUGGUGGAGGUGAAGAUUGGCAGGCGGCUCAUGAACAAAGGUCCCACUUGGAUGAGACCUGUGAUAGUAACCGUAGCUAACCUGGAGGCACAGAUGGGUGGAACAGAUUUUGAUACAGUAAAGGUGAAUGGCGAACCGGUUGUUCUGCCGUUCGUCCAUCCAAUGGAGACCAUGAUGAUCUACAGGGCACCAGGAAAUGCGACCGUGGUGGAGUCCAGAGGUCUGCUCCGCGUCCACUACAACCGCCAGGGAUUCCUGAACAUCUCCCUCUCCACCAUAUUCUACAACGUUACCUGUGGGUUAUGCGGCGUCUUCAACAGCAACACCACAGACGACCUGCGCCUGCCCAAUGGGCGCCUGGCUGAAAAUACUGAACAGUUCACAGAGGGAUGGAAAUCCAUCGCAGACGACCUUACAUGCAACGGGGACUGUGACGACCUGUACCGCAUGUGCACAGACCUGCGCCUUUACCAGAGUCCCUGGAUGUGUGGAAACAUCAACGACCCGGGGAACAGCUCCUUCCUGGCCUGCCACUCGGUGGUCAACCCUUCACCGUUCUUCAGGAACUGCCUGUACAACAUGUGCAUUAGGGAAGGAAACCGGUCGGCCCUCUGCUCCUCUCUGCAGGCGUACGCCACAGCCUGUCAGGAUGCCCAAGUGGGCCUCGCCUCCUGGAGGAGUGCGACCAACUGCCCUCUUCCUUGUCCAGAGAACAGCCAUUUUGAAGAAUGCACCACCGCUUGCCCUUUGACCUGCACCAACCUGGACGAGCCCGAGGAGCCGUGCCCUCUGCCAUGCCAGGAAGGCUGCCAAUGUGAAGAAGGCUUUGCGAUGCGGGACGGCCUGUGCGUGGCCCGGAGCGACUGCGGCUGCAUGUACCACGGCCACCAGGUGGCCACCAACCAGACCUUCUGGACUGACUGGGAAUGCCAGGAGCGCUGCUACUGCAACGGCUCCGACAACAGCGCGUACUGUCAGCUCGCACCCUGCCACCCCGAGGAGUACUGCCAGGAAAACGACGGCCUGUACUUCUGCCAACCACACACCGAGGCCCUGUGCGUGGCCGCGGGUUACGGCCAUUUUCAGGCAUUCACCGGCGUGCCAUUUGAGCUUCAGAGCUCCUGUACUCUCAAGAUGGUCACCACCAUUUGUAGGCGCAGAGAGCCGGUGGCGACAAGUGGAGUUUUCCCUCGGUUUAAACUGGCGGUUCGCAAUGAGGAGCGAGACACUGGGCAGGCCAUCUGGGUGAGGGGCUUCGUGCUGGAGGUCUACGAAUAUGAGGUGGAGGUUUCCCGAAGCUACAAAAACACUGUAACUGUCAACAAGGAGCGCCUGUACCUUCCCUUGAAGCUGGGCCCGGGGAAGGUCAACAUCACUUCCUUGGGGAUGCUGCUUGUUCUGGAGACGGACUUCGGCCUGAAGGUGUCGUAUGACUGGAACACGCUCCUCCUUUUGACUUUACCGAGGGACCUCUACAACGCCUCCUGCGGCCUCUGCCAGGGCAUGCCCUUCUCCCCGCCCACGCUGAGCUCCACGGACUGGGCCAUGACCUGGGCGGAAAGGGACACCUUCUGCCAGGUGGGCUGCGGCGACUCCUGCCCACGCUGCGGGCUCGGGGAGAAGAGCAUGCCCAACAGCGCCCCCCUCAUGGUGGCCGACUCCAGCAUGAUUAGCGACAACGAGGACGAGCCGAACGGAGUCGCCACCGGCAUACGCUUCCACGUCGGGGACGGACUCUACGUGUUUGUGGAGCCGGAGGCCGUCAGGCUGUGUGGGCUGAUUGUGGACCGGGGAGGCGCAUUUGCACGGUGUCACAGCAAGGUGGCGCCGGCGUUCUUUUAUCAGAGCUGCCUGCAGGACACUUGUUUGGACCAAGGAGCUCAGGAUACAAUCUGUAACUGGCUGCAGAUCUACGCCAGCACCUGCCAGACACAGGGUGUGCCUUUAACCGGCUGGAGGAGUGACACGCCGUGUGUCCAGAGCUGUCCUCCGAACAGCCAUUACUCCAGCUGCAUGUCGGUGUGCCCGCCGCAGUGCGCCCCCGCCCGCGGCCAGCGGGACUGCAGCCAGGACUGCGUGGAGGGCUGCCAGUGCGACCUGGGCUACGUGCUCAACGGCAAGAGCUGCAUCCUGUCGCAAAACUGCGGCUGCUACACCGAUGGAAAAUACUACGAGCCCAAACAGCUGUUCUGGAACAACGACUGCACCAAGCGCUGCCAGUGCAUCGGGCGGAACCUGAUCCAGUGCGACCCGCGGCGCUGCAAGGCGGAGGAAGAGUGCACUCUGCGAUUCGGGGUGCGGGGCUGCUUCGCGCGGCGCUCUCAGCACUGCGUGGCGUCGGGCGGCGGCGUCUUCAGGACCUUCGACGGGGCGUCACUGCGUCUCCCAGCCUCCUGCUCCUUUGUCCUGUCCACAAACUGCCGCAAGCUGCCGGACCUCUCCUUCCAGCUCAUCGCUAACUUCGAUAAGUGGAGCACGCCCAACCUCACCACCAUCUCACAUGUCUACCUCUACAUUAACGAGGAGAACAUCCUGAUCUCUGGCAGCACCGUCAAGGUGAACGGGACGCCCGUGUCCGUCCCCUUCCUGACCGGCCUGAUGACGCGUCUGUCCACGUCCGAGGGCUUCAUCGUCAUCGACACGCCGCAGGACAUUCAGGUUCGCUACAACCGCUUCAACACGCUCAGCAUCACCAUGGGCCAGCGGCUCCAGAACAAGGUGUGUGGCCUGUGUGGAAACUUCAACGGAGACCCCAACGACGACUACAUCACCUCCAGGGGCAAACCGGCCGUCAGCGCGCUGGAGCUGGCCCAGAGCUGGAAGACCAACGGCAUGCAGAACAGUUGUGACGAGACCCAGUACGUGGCUUUAGCCCAGUCCUGUGACAACACGGCCGUCCUGGCGCUGCAGAGCGAAGACGCCUGUCAGAAGCUGACCCAGCUGAAGGGCUUCUUCCAGCCGUGCCACGGCCUGCUGGACCCGCAGCCCUUCUACCAGUCCUGCUACCUGGACGGCUGCUACAACCACCGCAAGGCGCAGGUCUGCGGCUCCCUGGCAGCCUACGCCGAGGCCUGCCGCUCCCUGGGAACCCUGACCACCAAGUGGAUCACCCAGGAGAACUGCUCAGAAUGGAUCUACGACCCGUGUGCCGGAGAGAUCUGCACAAACUUCACCUGCGAGUUGGAGAACGGAGGCGACCUGUGCGGCUGUCCGGAGCUGCCCACCAACCCUGCAGCAGGUGAGGAUGACAUCAUCCAGGCGGAGGUGAACUGCAAGCACGCCCAGAUGGAGGUCUCCAUCUCCAAGUGCAAGCUCUUCCAGCUGGGCUUCGAACGCGAAGACGUGAGGAUCAACGACGAGCGCUGCGCCGGGAUCGAGGGCGAGGAUUUCAUCUCCUUCCACAUCAACAACACCAAAGGCCACUGCGGCUCCAUCGUCCAGUCCAACGGCACACACAUCAUGUACAAGAACACCGUCUGGAUCGAGAGCGUCAACAACACCGGCAACGUCAUCACCAGAGACAAAACCAUCAACGUGGAGUUUUCCUGCGCCUACGAGCUGGACCUGAAGAUCUCCCUGGAAACGGUCCUGAAGCCCAUGCUCAGCGUGAUCAACCUCACCCUGCCGACCCAGGAGGGAAACUUCAUCACCAAGAUGGCGCUCUACAAGAACUCGUCGUACCGCCACCCGUACCGGGAGGGCGAGGUGGUGCUGAGCACGCGGGACAUCCUGUUCGUGGGCGUGUUCGUGGAGGGGGCGGACGUCAACCAGCUCAUCCUCAUCGUCAACAUGUGCUGGGCCACGCCAUCGCGCUACAGCAGCGACAGACUGCGCUACAUCAUCAUAGAGAGAGGGUGUCCGAACACGAAGGACAACACCAUCGGCAUGGCGGAGAACGGCGUGUCCCUCACCUGCCGCUUCCACGUCACCGUCUUCAAGUUCAUCGGCGACUACGACGAGGUGCACCUGCACUGUGACGUGUCGCUGUGCGACUCGGACACCAACGCCUGCAAAGUGAACUGUCCACACAAGAGGAGGAUGUACUCAGAGGACAGCGAGCACAAGGAGCACAUCCUGUCAGUGGGACCCAUCAGGAGGAGAGAGUCUGACUGGUGUGAGGAAGACAACGGUGGCUGUGAGCAGAUCUGCAGCAGUAAGGGAACUGGGCCCAUCUGCAGCUGUGUGACUGGGAUGCUGCAGCCUGACGGGAAAAGCUGCCGCACUCUGAGCUCGUCCUGUAAGGUCGCCCCUGCUCUGCCUCUGCUGAGCGCCAGCGCCGUAAUCUCCAUCAUCCUCACCCACUUUAACUCCUUCAUCGUCUCCUAACAGCCACAGCAGCCAAACGCCAAACAGAAAAGACUUGAAGACGAGAGGAAGAGGAAUUUGAAUUUCUUGAGUGCAGAUGUGAAAAUAGCUCUUUGUAGAACGCUGUAAAGCUUCUGUUCUUUAGAUUCAUCAGGAUUUCUAAUUUAAAGUGUGUAGAAGUUGUGUUUUUUUAAUGUUUUUAUAACGUUUCUGUUUUCCUUUUUACGGAAGUAUUGUGUUAUAAAUAAUCACCACCAGAUGGCGCCAAAGAAGCAAAUAUCUUCAAAUCUGAACAGUGGAACGUUUGAGGUGGAUUAAAUGUGAAAGUCAGGGAGAGAUUGUGAUUAAAUUAUUAUAAACUACAUUUCUGGGUGAAAUAAAACAUGAUUGGAUAGUUUGACAGUCAGAACUGUAAGAGUAGGAUCUGAAACUGGCCUUUUUAAGCGUUACCUCUGGCGUAACAGCCGCAUCUAAAAUAAAUACUCAUUGAAUUGAGUCACAGAAUGACA